UUCGACCGUCUCCUCAUCAUGCCUGCUACACGCAAAACUGCCCGCCGAGACACAGAAGUCAUCACACUAGACGACAACUCUUCUAAGGCCGUCGCUAAUAAGCGCGCAGCUAGUCGCACUACUACCACCAUCACCACCAAGAAGACAGUCGGGCAGGUGGCACAGGCUCGGAAGAAAAACCACCGCCCUGCCACGCAGCUGGAUAUAAUCGAAAUAUCGUCCGACGAAGAUGAGGUACCCCCUCCUCCCAAGGCGGCUGCUCCAGCCGGUGGUGCGAAGAUGGCCAGAAUGCGAGCGUCUGAAGCAACUGGAAAGGGACAACCUGCGUCUGGAACAAGAGAACAAGUUGCUGAUGCAGUGUUCGAGCGAACUGGACGACGGUGUUUCAUGUGA